GUACAAAAUAAAGCCAAAACAAAGUUGGCACUAUAGAGAUGUUGAGACUUUAGAGUAGCGCAAUAUAUAUAAAUGAGAUGUGUGGAAAUAAAUUGUGAGAGUAAAUUCUCCAACCCAACUACGAUUGUAGGGCCAUAUCUUGGAAAUUGUUAUUAUCCAUUUACACUUUAAAUGUUUAAAUAAGAUAUAAAUAGACAUAAAAAGAGUCAGGUUUUCACAUCACUUUUCUCCAGUAACACUACUCUUAUUGUAGUUGAUAUUUCUUGCUCGAUCAAGCCAAAACAAAAAAAUGGGUUCGAAAAAUUUCCUUUUGAUGGGUCUUUUGCUUGCACUUGUAGUUCUUCUCAUCUCUUCAGAUGUUGCAGCUAAUGACCUUGCUGAAACUUCCACUGAGAAAAAUAAUAAAGCUGUGGAUGCUACCAACGAAAAGGGGGUGGAGGAAGCUAAAUAUGGUGGAUAUCCUGGUCAAGGCGGUUAUGGUGGAGGCCAGGGCAGUUACGGCCACGGUGGUGGUGGAAGUGGCAGUUAUGGAGGCGGCGGUCACGGCGGUGGCAGAAGUGGCGGUCAUGGUUGCUACCACGGUUGCUGUAGGAGCAAUUAUCACGGAAAAGGCUGCGCCAAGUGCUGCUCUUAUGCAGGUGAAGCUGUUGAUGCAAAAGUCGAAGCCAAACCUAACAACUAAAUAGGGCGGUCAUGAGAUGCCAUGAAUAUCUCUCUAUUUAUAAAUAAUUAAAACUUCAUGUACGUGUAAUAAAAAUGAAAUGAAUGAGAUCAUGUAUGUAUAUAAUUAUAAAAAAUAUAUAUUAUGUAUGUAUUGUUUUUAAUUAUUCAUGCAUGGUCAUGUAGGCUACUAGUACUACAUAUUAUAUAUUCCGUUUCUGUUUGAAAUCCACUACUACUUAAUUCGAGAAUAAAGGCUUAAAUUUCAUUAUUA